AUGGUCUCAUCUCGCACCACGCACGCCACACAGAGUAAGCGACGAAUGGGAGGCCACGAGGCCACACGUGCAGAGCUGACGCGGUCCUUUGGCAUGCUGAAAGAAGCGCUGCAGGCGACACCGAUCACAGAUGAUCAAGAGGCUGUUAUGGUCACGCGGAUGUGCGUUGACUCGCGCUAUAUUGAGGAAUUUGAGCGUCUACUGCGCGUGAUCCUUAAGACGACACACACUGUGGGUCACGUAUCGACUUGCGUCGUGCGUCCGCCGCCUGGAGAAUUCACCUACACGUCGAUCGUCAAGUAUUCGAACCUACUACUAAUGCGACAGACUUAUCCGGCUACCAUUGAAGACGGUCCAGAGUUUUACAAACUGCUGGCCGCACGUGAUUCCCUGCUGCUUGAGCCUCCUAUGUACGAGAUUGAAGCUGGCAUUUUCGGCACGUGGAUCGAGUCUGACGGCAAUACGAAGCCAAUGUGGGGCGACGACCCCGAAGAAGACGUGAGUCUCAUGUAUCAGAGCGUCCCUGGUCCGUGCUGUAAUGAUUCGUGUGAAAACCCGCACGGAUUGAACGUCCGAGCGUCUUUUGUUGCUCCUACCAAGAAUUUCCAGCUCUUUCGACAACGAUAUCAGCGGAACAAUAAGAAAGGGGGACAGAAGAACUUGCGCUGCUUCCCGUGCUGUCGGAAUGGACAUCAUGUGAGCUCAGGUUUUUGUGGAGAUUCGAUUAAAGUGCACGUGGCAGUCAGUCGCGUGACCAAGUCAGGAGGUGUGAAGAUGUGCCCCAUCCAUAUGACCCGUCCAAGCGUACUGGCUUUCGCGCGUUUUCUGAACCUUGACGGCGCUUUCGUCCCAACAGUUUCGGGACCAGAGGUCAUCCCUGGACAGACGAUUGAAAAGGUGGAGGUGCUGGCGUGGGUGCGCGACAAGCAACACCCGAUGAGCCCGCUGUUCCCGGGCAUUCUUCGUGGUGCCGCCAUGGAGACAUCAUCUCAGUCGGCCAUUUUCGAGUUUAAUGCUGAAUGCAAAGCAUGGCAUUACGGUUGGACUGCUCCACGUGGUCAGGGGCUAUCAGGAAACGAUACGCGCCAUGUGCUGGAAGUGCUCUUUAUGAAACCAAUGGGCUCGUACAUGUACUGUCUCGAACGUUUGCGCUCAGACGGCUUCUCCAUCUACUCCAGUCGUCGAGCCAACCCUGCCGCAAUCAAGCCUGAGGCUGAUGCUUUCGCUAGCCAAGAAAUUGAUGACAUUAGAAACCAUAAGCGGAAGCGUUUUGCUCACGCGGAAAAAGCAGCUUUGCCUCCAACGGAUACGACGAUGAUGCCCCAGUCUCCAGCCUCUCCGGUAUCGACGGUCGUGUCAAGCUGUCCAAUAAGCUCUCCUAUCUUUUCACCCUCGAAAGAAAACAUAAGGAACGGACGCCGCCAAAGUGUUGCACCUGCGAUGCGAGUAACUACCCUCUCGACAUCCGCUGGCUGUGUUGAUUUUACGUCGCCGAUGCAUGAUGUAUUACCAUUCAAGAUGGAGAGUAUGUUUGGGUCGAUAUCAUCCCCUCUGGCUGUCUGUCCUCCAUCGUCUUCCGUUCUAGUGGACAGUGUGUCGUCAGGUUUUGACUACCGGGGUCUGGAGAACCUGAUGUCCAGUAACGGAAUGCCACAAAACCAGAGCUCGUAUCAACAACUUCAGCAACAACUUGGUCGACAACAUCGACAAGUACUGGUAGACCAGCAAAACCAACAGCUUUGCAGACACCAGCGCGAACAGCAAGAAUUGUUGCAGCACCAGCAGCGACUUGUCCAGCAAUUAGCGGACCAGAUGAUGAUCAGCCAACAGCAAGAGCAGCAACUGCAUGUGAAUUACUCACAAGGCUCCUCGGAAGAGCUCCAGAAUCACUCGCUGUUCCAGGAAGAGCAAACCGCUUGUCGGGUUGUUUCAACGGACGAGCUGCCGUGGACCGAGCUGUACAACUUGUUCGACCCGUCUCCGCCUUCUCCCGCCAGUACUGACGAUGACCCUGACAACGACGAGGAGAGCCUGUCGAACCCUAGCAGUAGUCCAGCACCGUUUCCGACUACCAAAGUGACCAUGGACUUCUCUGUGACGUCUGUACCGCAGACUGUUUCGAACCACUUCUAG